UAAACACAUUGAUCUUGCCAAGACAUUGAUAAUGAAUAAUUUUAACUUCUGUCUUGUAAAAGGUUUUAAUUUUGACUAGAGAAAUAGAAUUUUUCCACUUAUUUAUUUGACACAUUUUACAGUACAAAGAUGAAACAGGAAUCACUUUUUUCGAAAUACACGCGUAUUAUCGCAGUCGUUGCAAGUUAUUGGGUUGUAUCCAUUACAUUGGUAUUUGUUAAUAAGCAUUUACUUAGUGGAGAUAGUUUUAAGAUUGAUGCACCUUUGUUUAUCACCUGCUUCCAAUGCUUAGUGACUAUAUUAUUAUGUAUAAUUUUAAGCUUUAUGUCCGCAGCUGUUCCAUCUAUUGUCUCUUUUCCAGACAUCACAAUUUCGGCUGAAAUAUUAAAAUCUGUUCUUCCAUUAUCAAUAGUCUUUGUAGCUAUGAUAACAUUCAACAAUCUGUGUCUUAAGUUUGUUGGAGUGCCAUUUUAUUAUAUUGGUCGGUCUUUGACUACUGUCUUUAAUGUUAUUUUGACUUUUACUAUACUUCAUCAAAAAGUUUCUUUCAAGGCAAUUUUCUGUUGUGCCAUCAUUAUUUUUGGUUUUGUGCUGGGUGUAAAUGAAGAAGGAAUGGAAGGUUCAUUGUCCAUCAAAGGAGUGAUCUACGGUAUACUUGCCAGUCUCUUUGUGUCUCUCUACUCCAUCUACAUGAAAAAGAUUCUCCCAGUUGUUGAUGGUAAUAUAUGGAGAUUAACAUUCUACAAUAAUGUUAAUGCUGUGUUUCUAUUCAUACCACUGAUGCUGCUAUUUGGAGAAAUAUUUGUUAUUAUGGACUUUCACUUAAUUUCCGAUUCCUACUUUUGGGCUUUGAUGCUCGUUGGUGGGACAUUUGGUUUUGCUAUUGGAUAUGUUACUGGACUUCAAAUUAAAGUUACUUCUCCUUUGACGCACAAUAUCAGUGGAACAGCAAAAGCUUGUGCACAAACUGUUUUUGCAGUUGCCUGGUUUAAUGAAACCAAGUCUCCAAUUUGGUGGAUAAGCAACUCCAUUGUUCUCCUUGGCUCUGCAGCUUACACAAGGGUACGGCAACUGGAAAUGAUGGCUGAUUAUCAGAAGUUAAAACAGCACAGAGAAUUAGAGAACAUUAAUGUAGAAAGUACAAAAGACAAUGUUAAACUGUGAUUUUAGCCUGCCAAUUUAGCCAUAUUAUGGGUUAGAAGUAUAGCUGAUAUAUUGUUGAUAUUUAAACAAAAAUUCUAGUUUCCAUUAUGCACCUUUUUUAAUUUAAUACAAAAUGCACAAAUAUAUAUGUAUAUUUACUUAAUUUAUUCAAAUAAAAUCUGAAUUACUACAGCAAAUUGUAUAUAAACUUUUUGUCAGCCCACCUUUAACUAGAUGAUUUGUGUUUGAAAAACAAAGGAUUUGUAAAUAUAUUUAUAUUUUUAAAAAAUUAUUUUUUUACUGAAAUGAUUA